CUUGUUACGUGAUAGUUGAUUAACAGCGAUAAGUCGAUAGUCAAUAUUCGAUAAGACAAACGACAUCGCAGUGAAGAGCGAACGCAAUGCACUUAAAAUAUUAUAUUAAUUUCAUCAAGUCCUUUUCAUUCUAACGUUCCGAUAUGCAAUCAAAUUCUCAUUGAAGUACCACUAAUUUUUAUUCUGUAUAUUUUUUUUUUUAGUGAAAUGUUAGAUCUACAGACAUAUUAUGCAUUCGGUUUUCGGAAAAAGCGCUAAAAUGUAUUUUUAGUGAUGGCUUGAUUGAAAAGUUGUCUUGUAAUAUGGGUGGUAAUGUGUCACAACUAGAGAGAGAUAUUGGAUCAGAUCAGUUUCCUCCAAAUGAACAUUAUUUUGGUUUAGUUAACUUUGGAAAUACAUGUUACAGUAAUUCAGUUCUUCAAGCUCUUUAUUUUUGUAAACCAUUUCGAGACAAAGUAUUAGAAUACAAAGCACGUAAUAAGAGAAAUAAAGAAACAUUGCUCACAUGUUUAGCUGAUUUAUUUCAUAGUAUUGCAACUCAAAAAAAAAAAGUUGGGUCUAUAGCUCCAAAAAAGUUUAUCAAUAGACUUAGAAAAGAGAAAGAAGAAUUCAAUAACUAUAUGCAACAAGAUGCUCAUGAAUUUUUAAACUUCCUUAUAAAUCAUAUUAAUGAGAUCAUUCUUUCUGAACGUAAUCAAGCUAAUUGUAAUGGUAAAUCUAAAUCAAUUGCACCUAAUGUUAUUGAUGGAGAAUCAACUACCAGUAGCAUUACUAGCUCAAGUAGUCAUAACCAAGAUCCAACUUGGGUGCAUGAAAUCUUUCAAGGAAUACUAACUAGUGAAACUAGAUGUUUAAACUGUGAAGAAGUCAGCAGUAAAGAUGAAGACUUUUUUGACCUCCAAGUAGAUAUUGAUCAAAAUACUAGUAUUACACAUUGUUUACGUUGUUUUAGUAAUACAGAAAUGCUUUGUAGUGAUAAUAAAUUUAAAUGUGACAAUUGCUGUAGCUAUCAAGAAGCCCAGAAAUGUAUGCGAGUCAAAAAAUUACCUAUGAUAUUGGCAUUGCAUUUGAAAAGAUUCAAAUACAUGGAACAAUUUAAUAGGCACAUAAAAGUAUCUCAUAGAGUUGUUUUUCCUUUAGAACUUAGGUUAUUUAAUACGUCUGAUGAUGCUGUUAAUCCAGACAGGAUGUACAAUCUUGUAGCUGUAGUUAUACAUUGUGGCAGUGGGCCAAAUAGAGGUCAUUAUAUUAGCAUUGUUAAAAGUCAUGAUUUUUGGCUAUUGUUUGAUGAUGAUAUGGUUGAUAAAAUUGACCAAUCUGCAAUUGAAGAUUUCUAUGGUCUCACAUCAGACUUACAGAAAUCAUCAGAAACUGGUUAUAUACUUUUUUAUCAAUCUAGAGAUGCUACUGAAAUAUCAAAAUCUGGCAUGGCUGAUUCAAAAUCCAGUCAUUGUAAAUGAAUUUCCAAAUUCUUUGUUGGAUAUUUAUUUAUAAUUAUACAACACAAAAGUGAUUUUCACUCGUGUUUCAAAAAAGUGAUAUUAACUUAAUUGCAUAAUUAAUUAGUCUAAUAAUAGUUUUUAAUAAUUGUUAUUAUCAGUGAUAUAAAAUGUUUAUUUGAGAUGCCUCGUUAGUCAACUAAAAAAUAUUUUAAAUGAUUAAUUUAAUUUAUAUAUAUAUUACUAGCCGAUUCCUUUGAACAUGAUUUAAUUUGUGUUCAUGUUUUUGUCAGACAAAAUUAGAUCAGUUAUUUAUUUUCCAAUGUUCACCUCAAAAAUAUCAACCUUUUUAAGAAUAUUAGAUCUAGAAAAUUAUCUAUUCAUUUAUUAGAAAUUUCUUUUUAUUAAUGUUUAUUUUACAAGUCAAUAUAUUUUUAUAUUUUCUUUUCAGUGUGUUAGCUUGUUAAAUUUUAGCUUAAUAUUCAUACUGAUUUCUGUAACAUAAUUUAAACUUGUUUCAUAAAUAACAUAAUUAGGAUUCUAGUUUUCUUGAAAUUAUAUAUGUGAUAUAUUUUAUAACUUGAAUAACAUAAUGAACAGUUAAAUUAUUUAUAAAAAUACAUACCUAUUAUAGUAUACUGUAUAUGAACUUAAUACAUCAAUAUAAAUAAUUUUAAUAGUUUUGAUUUAACUCUUAAAAAAAUUUUUGUAGGUAAAGUAAUCAAUAAUAACUACUUAAUAACUUAUUAUGUUAAUACCUAACUUCUAUAAAUUUAAUUGAAAUGUUAUUUAAGUAUUAAUUAUGAUUAAGGCUGUGAAUUUAAUGCAUUAAAAAUGUCAAAAAAAUGCAAUAAAAUAUGCACUUAAAAUGCAAAAAAAGCAAUAUAAAAUACCAAAAAUUAUAGUAUAAAAUUACACCUAAAAUAGUUUUUAAUUUAAUUUUUAUAUUUACAUGCAUAAAAAUGUGUUUAUUUAAAAAAAAAAUGAAAAUGUUGAUUGAAUUUGAAUUUCAUAUGAAAUGUUUUUUAAAACUGUGUAAAACAAAAAAAAAGCUUUCCAUUAUGUUUAUUGUUGAAAUUUAACUAAAAAUAUCGGAAAAUGAACAUGCCCUAAAAAUGCUAAAUAAAAGUUUCAUGAAUUGAUUUAUGUUACAUAAUUCAAAUUAUAAACUAACAAAGCUACGUUACACAAUCACUAAAAAAAAAAUGCACUUUCCAAGUUCACAGCCCUAAUUUAUAAUACACAAUUUGAUUUGAGUUUGAAGAUAUUAAUAAUAAUGAUUAUUAAUUAAAAUUAUUAAAACUCACCCUAUUUAAAAUUUAUAUCAUCGAACAUUUUAAGGAAAUUUUAUUUUUUGAAUAGCUUAUUCAAUUAUUUAAUAAAGUAUUUUGAUGUAGGUUGCGUAAAAAAACUAUUAAAUAUUUAAUGAAUAUUAAUUCAUUAUUGAUCCUUAAAUCGUUAUUGAUUUUCUUGUAGUCCCUUAAGCAUGAUUUGUUCUUUUUAUGGGUUCAUUGGUAUUUUUUUUUAUUUUAUUACUAGUCUUGACUGAUGCUUUAUAAUAUAAUUUUGACAUGUCGACAAAGGUGCAUUUUCAAGGGUAUCAGAGAAGAGCAUAAUAAAAUCAAACUUAAAAAAGUAUAUUCUUUGCAAAUUACUAAAUAAAAGAAAAAGCACAUUAACAAAAAAAUAAAUAAAAUCUUUACUUAAGCCAAACUAUUAAUCAAACUUUUAUUUAAACUACAGUGUACUCUCAAUUAUCUGUUGUCUUCCUCGGAAUCAUCUACAACAACAAAAAAUGUAUAUCCUUACAUUAUACAUUAUUAUCGGUUUAAUUGAUUAUGAUACCUGAUUACUCGAUAAUGACAUAAAAUACAAAAAGCUUGUUUAAUAUUAAUACUUUUUGAUAAUUGUUGAUACGUUUAAUGAAAAAAAUAAUUAUUCGCAGAUUAUCCGUGGUAGCCCAGUCACCCUAUUCUGUGGGUAAUCGAGUCACCAUAAUAAAAAUUAUAAUUAUUAUCAAAAUUAUAUUUGAUGUCCAUAUGGGAAUAAGGCAAAUGUCCCAUCUUAUCCCCACCCCUCCAGUGAAAGACUAUGUAUAUAAUAUUAUGCAAAUGAUAAUUUUAAGAGUUUAAAUAAAAACUAUAAAUAUAUAUAUAUAUAUAGUAUUUAGAUUCAUAAACAGUAUAACUUAGUUUAAUUUUAACCAAUUUUUAAACUGUAAUUUGGACAUGCCCUAAUACAUCAAAAUAUAUGACCAAUGAAAUUAAUCAGUUUGAAUUUUAACUAGUAUUAUAUUUUUAAUUGACUUAAGUAUUAAAAAAAUGCAUAUUAUUAUAUUCAAUAUUCAUAUUCCAGCUAUUAAUUUUUAUAACCUAAUUAAUUGUACACCUAAAUGAGUAAUUUAAAUACUACACAUUUUAUAAUUUUAAUAUUUAACACAUUAUUUGUAAUAUUUCACUUAAAGUUACCAUUUUUCAUUGAUUCGAAACAUCUUUUUAUUAAUAUUGAUAUUUUAAUUUAUUUAUGUCUAUUAUAAAUUAUUAUUAUUUAGAAAUGUAUGUAAACAAGCAAUAAAUUGUUGUUAAUGUUGUAUUGGAAUUUGUUAAAUAUUUUUUUCACAAUUUAUACUGAUUGUCGAAUGAUGUGUUUGUAUUUUAAGUUGUUAAUGGGUAUCUAUAAUAUUUAUUAUUUUUAUUAAUGAUACAAAUAUGGUGUAUAUAUGAUUAAAAUAUUUUAUUAUUGAGUACCUACCUACAUUUACAAUUAAUAUAUAAGCAUUUUUUUUUUCAUAAAUUAAACUGCAAUUUGAUAUAUUCAGUAAUUUUAACUUAAAAGCACUAUACAUAAUUAAUAGUAAAUUAUAACAAGCAAACAUUGUACGUAAAACAAUCAUUCUUAUUGAAAUCCAUGUCACAAAUAUUACAACAAUAUUAUGAUAGAUCCAUUACGGUGUUAAACAUGACAUAACUACAUUAAUAUCUAAAUAUUUUAUUUUAAUUAAUAAAUGCUUAUCUUAAAAUAUUACAGCAAUCAGUAAAUAGCUAUAAAAAUAUGUAAAUGAUAAAAAAGAAAAGAAAAAGAUAAAUAAAUAUGUACCUCUCUGCUGUCGAGUGUGGUUCUUUUAAAAUUUAAAUAGUUGAAUGAACACCCAUUAAAUUGGAAUUCAAUGAUAUAUCAUUGUGUAUAAAAAAAACAAUUCUGAUCAGAAAUAGUCUGUCAGCCUAUAAUGUCACUAAGUAAAUUUUGUGAUAUGUCUUAGAUUCUGAACAAAGUGAUGAAUGUUUGAUUCUAUAAUUAUGUGUGUUUUUGUGUGUGUACACCAAAGUUGGGUAAGUUACUAUACUCGUUACUUAAAGAUAAAUGUAAUAAAGUUACUUUCUCAUGGUAAAUUGAAUAUGCUUGGUGCAUUGUAGUUCAUAGAGAUUAGAGGUCAUAAGUAAAAAAAAAAUCUGGACAAACAAAAAAAAAAGUGACUGAAAAACGAGAAUUUUUCUAUACACAGUUAAAUUUUCAAAAUAUUCUGGCUUUUUUUGAGCUACUUAUAGACAACUGAAGUUUUCGAUUUUUUUAUAAAGUAUUUUUUUUUUUUUGAAAUGUGGAUAAUAAAAUUUUGAAUACCCAAAAAAACUUUUUUAUUAGUCGUUUUUAUUGUAUUAAAAAUAAAAAAUUGAAGGUCAAGAAUUUUUUUAUAAGCGUUUAUAGUUUAAUCUUGAACAUUUUCAAGUAAUUUUGUAAUUGAAAACGCAUAAAAAAUGUUUGUAUUAAUAGGUAGGUUAAAAAAAUCAAUAUUAAAUUUUCCUUAAAAUAGCUACCCAAUUAAUUCCUAUCUAUUAAGAAAAUUCGAAACGUAAUUUAGGAAAAAAAUUUAUGAGUAUCUGAAUUUAAAAUUUUUUAUGAAACCGCGUACCUACUUACCUGACAACAAUGAUUUUCAAUAUAUUUUGUUAUUAUUCAAAUAUUACUAGUCGUAGAACAUUGAAACAUACACUAGUUGUUUAAAAUGGUAUUAUAUAAUAUACUUACCUAAAUCGGGCUAAACCUAGCCUAAACCUAAUAUCUUACUAAAGUGAUAAAAUCAAGUUAAAAAGCUUGAUUUAGUGGGUUCCACUAAGAUUAAGUCUUAAGUGCAGUGUGGAUCACUAAAUUUAUAGGUGUGUUAAUUUUGAAUCCAAUGAUAGGUAUCAUUGUAUAUGAAAAUCGAUUCUGAACGGAAACGAUUAGUCAGCCUAGAAUGUAUUUUUUAAAUUGGGUGGUGAAAAAUAUAGUUGAUGAUUUUAAUAGGUACCCCAAAAUUCAAUCUAACUGGUGUAUGUUUCAAGCAGUAGCGUAUUUAGGAUUUAGAAUUUAUUUGAGGGAUGACUCGGGAAGAUGAUUAUUUUAAAAAUGCAAAAAAGCAUAUUUAUUUUUAUAAAAAGUAUGAAAAUGAGUAGUUAUAAAAAUGAAUAAAAAAAUAAAUUAAAAUUAAAAUAAGAAUUAUUUACCGCAUGUAUGUUGAUAUAUAUAAUAUAUAUAUUCAUAGUAAUUAGUAGGUGAAUAAACCUUACAAUUAUAACAUGUUAACAUAUUAAAUAAUUAAUAAUUUAUUUAUCAUUUAUAAAACAAACUGUAGCCAUCUAGAUUUUUUUAGCUAUUUCGUCAAAAAUUUCUUCAACAUCCACUAAUGUGAGCCAAUUGUGAGCCUUUGUAAGCCGAUUCAAUCUGGACUAAAAUUAAAAUAAUAUUCAAAAUUUAAACAAUUAAUAAAUACAACAAAUAUUUCUUUAGGAUUAAUGAAUACCUAGGGAAUAUUUACCUCCUUCAUAGAAUUUAUUAUUUUAUAGGUAUGUUUUUAAUCUUUUCAUACAAGCUAAUGCAAUGAUAUAUGCUAAAAAAAGGUCAAGGGGGGGUAUAUCUCCCUUAUCACUCCCUCCCCGUAAAUAUGCCCAUGGUUUCAAGUUUUAGUAAAUCGUUAUUUUACGAGUGAAUUUUUCUAAAAAGCUAAACUUAGGAUAAAAAUUUUUAAUUGGCCAACGUUCAAGUUCUUUUAUAAUUAUUGUAAGCCAAACUUAUAGAAAAUUUUGUAUUAAAUUUUCAAUUCUUAGCUAACUAUACAAAGUUUUUCAUACAUUUUUACUACAAAAUAAUUUGCAAAUAUUCAUGAUUUUGACGAAUUUUUGCCGAUAUAUGAACUUCAAACGCUAAUAAAACAAAAAAAUGAGCUUAUGUAUUCUAUAAUUUUUGAAUUACUAUAAUCUAACUUAUGAUGAACUUUGUAUUGUAUAUGUAUAUGAUAUAUACAUAUUAUAUAAAUGUUAUCGAUGUUUAAAAAAUAAAAACUAAUCAAAAACGAAUAUUUCAAUUAUUUCAAAUGCCUAUAAAUAGCCUCAAAUUAAGCGAAAUAUUUUGAAAAUUAAAUCAUGUAUAAAGAAAAUGCUAAUUUAAAUAACUGGUGAAGUUUUCAAGUAUCUACGAUUUGAACUUUUUGAAAAAUAACAAAUAUUUUAAAUCGUUUGAGGAUUGUUUAUUAUAUAUUUAAAGAUUUUCUAAAUGACUUUUCCCAAUAUUAUCAUGUGAAAUUGCAGGAAUACAAAAUCUUGAUGUAGAUGUUCCCGUGUUCCACAACAAUUGUUAGCACAACAUUUGUCCAAUCAAGGCAUGGCAAAUAAUUAAAAUUAAUUGAGUAUUUGAGAGAUAAUAAUAAACAACAUAAUAUAUUAUGCCUAUGUCAAUCUGUCAUUGUCUUAUUAAAAUCUCGACUCUCGAUGAAACAUUUAAAAAUAUAUAAAGAUGUAUUGUAAUAGAACAUAGGUUUAGUUUAAAAUUUCAUUAAGAUUAAGUUAACUGUAUAAGUUUCAUCUACAAGAUCGCAUUAGUAGUCUAGCCGGGAUGUGGGAAGAUGCACGUUCACUUAUCAUACGUUCGUUUCAUAAUAUGCUAAACAUUAGAUAGAUAUUGAGAUAUAUAAAAAUUUGUACAAAGUAUCUUGUAAUUUGUGUAUACACAAAUUUCUAUAGAAAUCUGUGGUGGUAUAUUAUCGCUGUAUAUUUUCAUAUUGUGUGCUACAAAAAAAAAUAUAUAUACAAUGCUGUUAUGUUUUAUUAUAAUAAUCUGUUUUCAUGGUUCUGUAAUGGGGCCUAAUUUUUUUAUAGUAUGUUUUUGGCAACACUGUAAAGUUAUCCACAAACUUCAUAACCUCAAUCUCAAUACUGUUGACGGCCCUCUCUUUCGUGUUUCAUUUUCUCCACUUUAGUGUUUCGGAAGAUUUUAAACAACGUUAGUUUAAUUUAUUAAUCUAAAUUACAUUUAAGUUUUCCAUCAGGUACCGAAACACCACUUAAAAUGACUGCUGACAAGAAAGUUAAAGUAAAGAAACCCAAGGUGAAGAAAACUCCAGUACAAAGCGUACAAGUGUUCGGCCGUAAG